AUGUCCACGCCUUUCAAAGUCAAGGCGCUCUUUGAGUACAAGUCCGAUUACGAUGACGAUUUAACGUUUGCUCCGGGCCAGAUAAUAACUGUCACCGAGAUCGAGGAUGAAGAAUGGUACUCGGGAACAUAUGACGGCAAACUGGGAAUGUUCCCUAAGAAUUUUGUUGAGAUAAUCAAGGAAGAGGAGCCACCUGUGAAGGUUCCGGCACUGCGUCCCACUCCACUGGUUGCUAAAUCCCAAGAACCUGCUGCCAUUCCUGCCACUACAGCCCCUGCUUCAAUUGUUCCAGAAGAUUCAGAGCCCACUGAGGAGUCUGGGUUGAAAUCAGACCCUGUACCUUCUCAAUCCGGUGCGUCGGAGCAUAAGCCUGAGUCGCUCGAGACAAGCAAAGUCGACAAACCAACAGCUACCGCAUCUACGCCAAAAGUGCCAAUUCCAGGCUUGGUGAUGCCAGGAAAGGCUCCUCUGCAGCGAGACGAUCCGUAUGCGGUCAAGAAGCAGUUCUUUGGCGCCGGUAAGUCGUCGUAUGUUCCCCAAAUCAAGCCUAGAGACCAAUCGAAUAUCAUCUCACAUGCAUACCAUGACGUGGCGAAGAAUACCGAAAUUGUUCGUGAACACGACAAUGAGAACGAGGAUGAGGUUCCUGAGGAGCCGAAGAUGAGUUUGAAGGAGAGAAUUGCCAUGCUUCAAAAGAGGCAACAGGAAGAGGCUGAGCGUGAGGCUGCUGCUCUCAAGAGAAGAGAGGAGCGUAAAAAGGAGAAGCAGGUGCAGAAGAAUUCCACCGGAGGCUCAGUCCACACUGUAGGAUCUGAAGACGAUCCAGUUGAAGCUGAAGAAUUAUCACCGGACAUUCAGCAGACUAUCCCGGAAGGUUCAGAAUCUGCCCCUGUUCAGAAUUUCGACAAUGAGAAUGAAGAUGACGAAGAAGUCCAAGAAGAGGACAAAGGUGUUGUAAAGGAUACACAUGGGGCCGAAGUUGAAGAGGACUCCGAUAAUGACCAGGAAGUCGAAGACGAGGAAGCCGAGGAAGACGACGAAGACCUCAAGAGGCGUAAGUUGGUGGAGAGAAUGGCCAAGAUUUCUGGUGGAAGAAACAUGUUCGGUAUGAUGGGUAUGCCCACGCCAUUUGGUGGCCCUGCCGCUGCACCAACCAAGAAGAAGACCACCACUACCAAACCCAAGGUUGUUAAAGAAGAAACAACAAGUUCUGUUCCAGCUGCAAUUCCAAUUCCAGGAAUGUCUGUGGGGUCGGAAGUUCCUGAAAUCUUGAAGGAAUCACAAGACAAAGAGAUAGCUGGUCCAGAAGCAUUUCAACCAGAAACAUCUGAAAUCGCGCCUCAGAUUAGAGAGGGAGGAAAAGAAGAAGUGAUAAAUGAGUCAGAUUUACCAGACGAAGAUAACGUUGUCCUGGACCACUCUGGGAAGAACUUUGAAGAAGUUGAACAACAGUCGCGCUCACCUCCAUUGAAGCUGUCCGAAAGUGAGGCUGAGGAACAGCAGGAUAUCGACUUGGCUAUUUCGAAGAUCGGUAAUGAACCAGAAGUUACUGCUUACGACGCAGAUGAAGAUGUUUCUGACCGUGGUGCAGCACCUGAUCUCGAGAUUGAAACCAUCACCGAGAAGCAUACACAGACAAUUCCAGCCCUUCCUACCCGUUCUCCGACUUCGACCAAAGCACCACCUCCACCUCCACACACUCAACCUCCUUCGGUAACACUACCUGCACCAGGAGCUUCACCAGCUGUUCCCCUGGAAACUGGAGCCAGUUCGUUUCCUCCAGUGGGUAUACCACCUAUUCCAACCAGAAUGGAAGAGUCGGCAGUUGCUGCUUCCCCUACUGAUCAAGCUCCACCAAUUCCUCUGAAGGUUCCGGAUAUGCCACCAAUUCCACAAACAGAGCCCCCAGCUGUCACGAGUAUGCCUCCACCUCCAGCUGUCACGAGCAUGCCACCACCUCCUGCGGUAUCAAGCAUGCCUCCUCCACCCCCUGUUCCAACGCAGGCACCUGCCACACCAUCGGGUGUAGAGGCUGAUUAUACAGACAGCUCCGAGGACGAGUUUGAGGAUGUCCCAGAUAGGUCUUCAACUGACGAUGGCCCCGAUUUCAGAAACCAUAGCUUCGCAGCUCCAACUAAAGCUAGUACAUUUUCUCAUCCUCCUCCAAUACCAACCCAGUUGCCUUCUAUGCCAUCUAGGGUAUCAACAUCGAGCUCAAUUGGCCGGGGCUCCGUGGAUAGCGGACGGAGGUCAAAUGAGUUGGGACGUUCGAAGUCUGUGAAAGAGGGAAAAAAUGAUCAAGUUCAAGCUGAGGCCCAUCUUGUUGGUUUGCAACACGAGCUUGGUUCCUUAACCGAAAGCACAGGAUGGUGGGUCAAGAACGAAAUCCCUGAUGUAUUGCAGUCGAAGGUUGGCAGUGACUUAAUCUUCGAGGUUGACACUAACUCAAUCACUAAGAGAGGGAAUAAGACGUUGGUCUACAAAGAUUACUAUAUUCUAUUCCAUGAUAUGUCGCAGAUUGUUGUUGAACUUGUGUUCAACUCUGACGAUCCAAGAUCAACUGCAAAGGUGAUUGACAUGACGGUUGUCGACACUUCAAAUAGUCGGAGGGACAUCCUCCACAAGUAUAACGCUCUCUACGGAAAUGACGUUGUGGGUUUCGCUCAAAGACUUGUGGGCACGAAAGUACCAACGGGAUUGGUUCUUAGUGUCUUCGGCCAACUUUACCAAAAGUUUCCCAAUUUGUUAUUACCAAUUGGCGAUAAGUCGUUUGGUGCGACUAUUUACAAGAACUUUAACCAUAACGUUGUGAAAUUCGACGAUAUCAGACCAGGAGAUAUUUUGUGCAUGAAGAAUGCCAAGUUUACAAGCCAUAAGGGUUUGGGCGGGCUUGGUAACAAGAGUAUUGUUGUCGGAGAUGGACGGGAUAUUUACUCUGCAGUUAUUACUGAGUUUGACAGUAAAAAGGAGAAGAUCCGAGUUCUUGAGACUGACCACAGUGGGGUGGUGAGAAAAGAGAGCUACAAAAUCGGCGACAUGAAGAGCGGACGCAUUCGGGUUUUCCGGUUUGUGGAUCGGGCAUUCAUAGGAUGGUAA